UUUUUCCACUUUUUCAAAAUGGUACACUGGUGGAGAGAGGGUACAAGCAAUUCAGCGGGAACGUGCACGUGAUGAAGGCCGUGGCCUCGGACAUGGUGCUGACCUUCUGCUCCCGGAACCCGGACAACCAGCUGUACUCGUUGCUGCUCUCGCGGGAGCACAUCUUGCAAAAGAGCGACAAACGAGGGGUGCACAAUCUGCUCGGUCGCCGUGGCCUCAAGAUCGUCAACAUCCGGGAGACGUGCAUGAACAACGCCGCCUGGAGAAGAGGAUCCUUCGAUCUGAUCGGGUGGCUGGCUCUGAUAGGGGUGUUGUCCAGCGUCUUCUUCGGCUCCUGGUAGUGGUGGUAAUAAAUCGUCGAAUAAGGGAACGAAACGAACGGAAUUUUCGUUACGGUUCAAUCGUUAGCUGCGUUGUUGAUGACGAGCGAUAAUCCUCAACAGCGAUCCGUGGAUCAUUCCGGCCGUUAUUCUAGACUCUCUCUCUC